AUGUCGGUAUCAGCAGUUGCAUCGCUGAGACCCCUCCGUCGGCGAUGCUGGCAGCAUCCAGCUUCCGGCCUGUUAUCCGUCCAAUUACGUUCACGAACAGCCACGGUCAACUUCUACGCUGUUGUUGGCCUCCGGCCGGACCAGCGUCGAUUCCAAACAAGCAAUUCAAGUAAUCGCCAUGAUGGAGAUCUCGAAGCCAGAAAGAACCAGUUACCCAAGAAAAGUCAACCGACACCACCACAGAUCACAUUCCGCCAAUUUGCGAGCCGUGCUCUUGCUGCUGGCCUACGUAGUCUUGUAGUCGCCAUGAGUCCGACCGGUAUCAAGGCAGCGUUCCGACAGAGCCCAGGCGCAACAACACUAGGAAUCUUCAUCCUCGGUGUGGUGUCAGUCAUUGGCGCAUAUACCGUCUACCUCUACUUCAACUACUUCUACCACUACCAAUUUACACGAUACCCAAAACCCAUCGCAAACUCUCUACGGCGAGCUCUAUACUAUACCAACAUCAGUCCCGAUUCCGAACUCGCUCUCAAGUACUAUAAGCGCGCCAUGGAUCAAUGCGCAGAGCAUGGCCUGGAUCCCUAUUCUGACGAAGUUCUUGGUAUUCGUAUCCAGACUUCACACUGGCUGCAGAAGAUCGGAAAUUACAGCGGCUGCUUGCAGGUUCUUGAGGGCAUCCUUGCCGAUUGUAACAGGUGGAUUCGGGUUAUGGAGCACUCGGUCAAGGAUGGCAAAGUCAACGAUGACGGCAGACUUGUCAAGCCUGCAUCCGAGACGUCUGGGGCCUCUUCGGCUCAUGUUGCCAACGAUGCCACUUCUCCCAAUGAGCAAGAAGCGACUGAAGAGGACUUUGUCCCCGAAAGUUUAUGGCAUAAGAGGCAACGUCUUCUUACUAAGACUGUUGGGAUUGCAAUCAAACUUGGAGAGCUAUACGCAGACGAACACGUUCUUGACCCUGAUAGCUCUCAGAAGCACCUUAUUUGGGCCGUUGAAACCGCUCUGAAGGAAUUCCGUCGCCGCAAGGAGGAGGGUAUCAAGCCCGGAGAGGGUGACUGGCUAAGUCCAGAGCAAAUGGGUGGCGCUAUGGAAUCUUUGGGUCGUGACUACGAGCGCAAGAACCAGUUCCACCUCGCGAUCCCUCUCUUCUUCCAAGCUCUUCGUCUUUGCGAAACUCCCUGCCACCGCCCCAUCAUUAUGAACAACCUCGCAGCCAGUUUCGCCCAACAUCCCAUAUUUGUUCCGCCUACCAGCGAGCCCUCCGAGAUGAUUAAGGAGCUGCAUGACCCUGCCAUGCCCGCGACUCGAAAGGAGUGCUUAGAAGCUGCGCAGAACUGGGCCAAGAACGCUUAUAAGCAUGCAAAGGACGUUAGUGGCGACGAGCGUACAGAGGAAUGCGACGAGGCUUGCGCUGUUGCUCUGUGUAACUGGGGCGAUGUCGCAGCGAUGUUGGGCAACAAUGACUUGGCUCGCAAGAAGUACAAGCAGUGUAUCGAAAUGGCGGGCAAGCUUGGCUUUCCACAUGCAGUGAAACAGGCUCAAUCAGGACUUGCUAAGCUGAUCUGA